CGCCCGCCCCGGCAGAGCGCGGCGGCGGCGCGGAGCCGAGCGGAGCGGAGCCGGAGAGCAGCGCCCCGCGCCGGGCCUCCGCCACGCCGCGGCUGCCCGUGCCCUCCCCAGCCGCCCCUCCCGCGCCUGCGGCAUCAUGUCGGUAGAGCUGGAAGAAGCCGAUCUGCCCCUGACCGAGGCGGAGGAGGUGCCGCUUGCCCCGGAGAAGAAAGCGGCCGCUAAGAAAGCGAAAGGCGGCGGAGGCGGCGGCUCCUCCUCGCUGUCGCCGUCGAAGAAGAAGAAGAACAACAAGAAGAAGAACCAACCGGGCAAAUACAGCCAGCUGGUGGUUGAGACGAUCCGCAAGCUGGGCGAGCGCAAUGGCUCCUCGUUGGCCAAGAUCUACAACGAGGCCAAGAAGGUGGCCUGGUUCGACCAGCAGAACGGCAGGACCUACCUGAAGUACUCCAUCAAGGCCCUGGUGCAGAACGAUACGCUGCUCCAGGUCAAGGGCACCGGCGCCAAUGGCUCCUUCAAGCUCAACAGGAAGAAGCUGGAAGGCGGCGGCGACGGGGGCGCGGGCAGCGGCGCCCACAAGUCUCACAAGAAGGCGACGGCCUCCACGUCCCGGCGGGCGGAGAAGAAGCCGGCGGCCAAGAGCAAGAAGCCCGAGAAGAAAUCCCACAAAAAAGGAGCUGGCGGCGCGGCGGCGAAGAAGGACAAGGGCAAAGCCAAGAAGGCCGCCAAGAAGGGAGCCGCCUCCCCUGGGGGCAAGAAGGUGAAGAAGUCGGCAAAGCCCAAGGCGCUCAAGAGCAGGAAGGCAUGAGAGCGGGGCGCAGGGAGCCCCCGCCGCCCCCCGGACUGUGAGCCCCGCCACACAGGCUGCUCUGAGGACGGACCCCAGGGGACCCGCUUUGUCUUUGUGUUGCUGACUCGGCGCCGCCGCCGCCGCCGCGCGCGGUGAGCGGGGCUGCGGCUUCCCCAGCCCUCCCUUCUCCGGCACCCCGUUUUUUCCAUCCGGCCCCCUCCCCGCCCCCCCAAGCUUCCCCCACCCCGCGGCUUCGCCCCGAUCGCGCCCUUUUGUUUUCGGCCGUGCCCCUCCCCGCGUAUAGACGGUUCCCAGCCAUCUUCCCCCUCGCCCCCGUCUCCCCGGUGCUUCGCAGGGUUUUUUCCCGCCCGGUUUCCAUAGCAGCCAUUUUGCGGCGGCGGCGCCCCCGCUGCCCCCCGCGCCACGUGGGCCGGCUCCCGCCGCCCGGGCCCGCGCCCCGCCCCUCCCCUCCCUCCCGCCGGGCGCUCCGUGCCUGGUCGCAGCCAUUUCGAAAAGCCACGGCGCCCCCUAUUGGCUCCCGGCCCCCGCCGCCAUGGCAACGGCCCGUUGGGCGCCAAUUGGUGACCGUGGAGUCGGGGGCCUCUUAAAGGGCCGGCGCUGGCGGGCGGCCGCGCCCCCCGGCGGGACUGCCCGCGGGGAGCCCUCGGGCCGCCGGAUCAGGUCGCAUCUUCAAUGGCCUUUAUUUUUUUUUUUAAAACAGUUUUGGGUUGGUUUUGGUUGGGGGGGGAGGGGAGGGAGGGUUUUUUUGUUUGUUUAGUUUUUUUCAUUUAUCGUCGUUUCAAAUAAAUUGUUAAAAAACGCC